GUGAAUCCUCUCACUUCCUCUGGCUAGUUUUGGCCGUCUGUAACAACAGCAGUAUCAGACAAGAGAUAACCUAAUGAUGGAGGAAUUUGAAGAUUGCGAAGCUCCUCCACCUGAGGAUCUGACUCAAUGCAACACCUGUAAAAGAUGGUUCUUCCCUAAAGUCCUGGAGAAACAUGCUAAAAUCUGCCAAAAGUCAGCGACCAAAAGGAGGAAGGUUUUUGACUCCAGUAGACAGAGAGCUGAGGGCACAGACAUUCCCACUCUCAAACCCAUCAAACCAAAGUCACAAAGUUCGUCUUCUACUGCGAAAGCAGAACCGCCUAAGAAACCAUCCAACUGGCGCAAGAAACAUGAGGACUUCAUUGCUACCAUCCGGGCUGCCAAAGUCCUCACUCAGGUCAUGAAGGAUGGGGGACCACUACCCCCACCUCCGCCACCUACUUAUGACCCAGACUAUGUUCAGUGCCCUUUCUGUCAGCGGAGGUUCAACGAGAGUGCAGCUGACAGACACAUCAAGUUCUGCCAGGAGCAGGCCGCCCGGAUACCCACCAAGAGCAAGAUAGGAGAUACAAAGAAGCCUCCUGCUCGCACACAGGUCAAGCCUCCUGCUUCCGUAAAGAAGACCAACUCAGCUGCUGUGUCAACAAUCCCUUCGGCCUCCUCUCGUUUACCCCAGAGAUCCGGCCUUGGACAGCCCAGUGGAAUCCCAUCUAGUAAGGUCUCUUCUGCAUUGAGGAAUAAUCCUUCCGGCCUUACGAGCCCUCCAUCAGGUGUGGGAAAUAAGACCCGAACAGUGAGCUCUGGCCUUGGCUCUGUGAGGAACACUCAGUCUGGAAUAGCACUCAACAAGAAGAAAGUGGACACCUACAUAUCAAGGAAUGAUGUCUGUGGCGACAAUGAAGUGGGAAAUGGUGGGAUGAGGAGCAAGUUCUGUCACGCUUGUGGGACCAAGUACCCUGUGGAGUCCGCCAAAUUCUGCUGCGAGUGUGGAGUCAGGAGGAUGUGUAUCUGAUGGAGGUCAGAAGAAAGCGACGAUAGGAGAACAUCAGGAUGCACCAGUACUCAAACUAGCAUUAGAGAGUUUCACCAAAGCUAAUGGAAAUUAAAAAACAAAAACUGAUCGGUCUGUGUUUUUACUCUUGGGUCUAAUUUCACAGCGGUAAAGCGGUGUAACUGGCAGACGAACCUAUGGUGCCGUUUUAUUUUCUAAUUGCUGUUUCGCCUUCAUGAAAUUUGCUGUUCCAUUCCACUGUGGGCCGAGAUACCCCUGGCCUUAUCUAACAGCUGUGUGAAAUUUCUGAGUUGGAUGAAUUCUGCCAUUUUCACAACAACCAUCUAGAAUACAUUUUGCAUUUAGUUACUAUGAUUUAUUUUGAUUGGAGACUGAUGGAUGUCAGUGGUGAACUGAUCUGAUAUAAAGUUAUGUUGAACUGUGGUAAGGUAGCUGAUUAUGUCUGACAGAGGAACAACCCAUGCCGCUCACUACUUUUAAUUAGCUUCCUUUGCUGCUGGAUCGCUGCAGUUUACACCAGCACAUACACAUGAAUAUUAUUGCCGUGAAACUAGAGGCAAAAAACAAAACAAAAAAACAAUUAGGAUUAUUGUUUUGGUCAUGGGACUCUACGUAAUGCGGUCCGAGUUACUGGACAAUAAUAAAUAGUACCCUAUAGAGCGGAGUCAGUAUCAGCAAUUGAAAGCUACUGGUGCAUCCUUAAAGAGUAGAGAAGAUAAAAGCAAAGAGGUGGGUUGUGACAUGGAAAAGGAGGUAAAGGAAAAGUGUUGGGUGACUCAUUAUAGGUGGGUGAUUGCCCCUGUAUCUCAAUCCCCAGUCAACCGGGAUCUGAAACGCAUUCCUUAAUCCCAUUUGCCUCCACUUCCCUCCAAACAGAAUAUCUUCCUAUUGAAGUGCAAUAUGAUUCACUACUGACAAUGUGGUUUUUAAAGGAAACGUGUUGAUAUUUUGGAACGAUAUCACCUUGUUUUGACAGGGACCAGUCCAAAAAUGAACUAGCUGUUAAAAGUUUAAUGCUCCCUUUAAGGCAGGACAGUUUGUUUCCAGCUAUCUUGAUGUUACCAUCAUAGGCCUGACAUUUCUACACAAAUGUAGCAUUUACUCACACCCCUUUAUUUCCUCAUUUUAUACAAUGUAAUGAGUAAUUUAUUUUCUUAUUCCCUUUCAUUGUUGCUGAAUGAACAAUGACUGCAUCCGUUUUGUUAAUGUUCUACAGAAUUAAAAUGUGUUUAUUUCGAUUUGUAUGAAACCUAAAUGCAGCUGGAUGUGUGGCAGUGUUUUUUUCUUUGACAUUGUUUCUAUUGAGUCAGUAUUGCAUUAAGGUAUUUAGGGUCAAUAGGAGGAUAACACUAUAGUCCUUUUAAAAUGCUCUGUAUGGAUAUGGUUAAUGUCUCUGCUUGGUAUAUCAGACACUAUUUAUGACCCCAAACCGUUCAUUUACAGGUGGGACACUAAGAGGGAAAGGCCUCUACCUAAGGUGCACACUUAAUGUUUAUUAAAUGCAAAACUUUUAAUAGUGAUUGAGUAUGAUAAUCUUGGAGCCCUGAGAAGUAAGGCAUUUGUUCCACAUUCCAAGAAGUAAGCAAUUUUUUACGUUACUUGACAAGAAAUGUUGAAACAGACUGGACUGGUGUGUUUUCCUGUACUGAUUGCAACAGUUAGCCUGGAUAUGCUUGUGCACUCAAUGACAUGUAUAUGCACCAUCAAUAAAUUUCUAUGAAGACA